GCUGGAGCUCCACCCCCGCAUCCUCCACCUUUCAUCAUGUAGGGAACUACUUCUGCACCGGGCCACUCUUCAGCACUUUUCUUCUGCUGAUCCUUAUGGCUUUGCGGGGCAGGCGUGCUUUCGCAUUGGCGUCUUCCCCUCUCUUUUCCCGUGUCUCCCCAUCUUUCUUCUGUUGUGACACCGGGGCGCCUGGGCACGGCUGGUCCGCAGCGGGAGCUCCGGGCUCCUCAGCGCAGCUCCCUGCAGCCCUGACGGCGGCGGCACCGGUGCGAAGACGCGACCAUUCCGAACGGAGGUAAGGCGUCUUCUCUUCGGGGCUUUUCAACGAUUUUUUUUCCUUUGGCUUUUUAUCUGCGAUUUGUCUUUUCGGAUGGCCAAACUCUGUGGUCGAGUGAUGGAUUGAUGUACAGAAGAUCACCGGGCAGGUCCACUGGCAACUGCUGGAAGUGCUUAAGAAGCACCAAGAUCCCAAGUUUCGGCGUAUUGGCAUCAUGCAGGGACACAUUUAUUUCAAGAACAAGAAUAAACGACUGUCGAAUACACGCGGGGAUGCGCUUAUUACCAGAAAAAGCCAGACUCUCCAUCCAGGAAUUAAAGUGCGGAGAAACACGCCUCGUCUCUGCUUCUCCAAGCUGCCUGCUAACUGAGUGAUUCUACAUCCACCGGCUUCCCCUCUCGCUGUGGCUGCUUUUGGCUGCUCUCCCUUCCCUCCCUUAACUGGACGGAGUUUCCACAAUUUCCGAGGCACAGCAGAAGUCUGACCUGUGGACUUGGCCCUGGAUCUCUAGGUGGCGCAUUCUCUUCUCCCAGUACUUUUUUAUAAGGAGACAUGCAGUGGGUUUGGGUCAGAAUGGGUAACCCCACACAUGGGGGCCUGCUGGCCACGCUGACAGUGCUGUUAGCCCUCUGGGAGGUGGGCUUCACGGGCCAGAGCUCCAGCCCUUCAUCUGUUGCGCCCCCUGGGGACUUGGGCGUGUCAUGGCACAGGCAGAAGCGUAGCUGGGUGUGGAACCAGUUCUUCGUUCUGGAGGAGUACACCGGGGAGGAUCCUCUGUACGUCGGGAAGCUGCAUUCGGACGUGGACGACGGCGAAGGCAAAGUGAAGUACGUCCUGUCCGGUGAGGGUGCCGGCUCCAUCUUCACCAUCGACGAGAACACGGGUGACAUCCACGCCACCAAGCGGCUCGACCGCGAGGAACAGGCCUACUACACCCUGCGGGCCCAGGCCGUGGACCGGGCCACCGACCGGCCCGUGGAGCCCGAGUCCGAGUUCAUCAUCAAGGUCCAGGACAUCAACGACAACGAGCCCAAGUUCCUGGACGGGCCCUACACCGCCGGCGUGCCCGAGAUGUCCCCCGUUGGAACCUCAGUGGUUCAGGUGGCAGCGACAGACGCCGAUGACCCCACGUAUGGAAACAGUGCCAGAGUGGUCUACAGCAUCCUGGAGGGGCAGCCCUAUUUCUCAGUGGAGCCAAAAACAGGCAUCGUCCGGACCGCCCUCCCCAGCAUGGACCGCGAGGCACGGGACCAGUACUUGCUGGUCAUCCAAGCGAAGGACAUGGUCGGCCAGAUGGGCGGGCUCUCGGGGACCACGACCGUCACCGUCACGCUCACUGACGUGAAUGACAACCCGCCGCACUUCGCUCGCAAAUCCUAUCAGUUCACCGUGCCAGAGUCGCUGCCGGUUGCCUCUGUAGUGGCCAAGAUCAAAGCCACAGACCUUGAUGUCGGACCCAAUGCUGAAAUGGAGUACAGGGUCAUAGAUGGGGAUGGACUGGCUAUGUUCAGAGUCACACCGGACAAGGACACACAGGAGGGAGUCAUCGCGCUUCAGAGGCCACUGGACUUUGAGACAAAGAGCAGCUACACGCUGCGUGUGGAGGCCCUGAACCGGCACGUGGACACUCGCUUCCUCAGCAUGGGCUCCUUCAGCGACUCAGCCACUGUGCAUGUCAGCGUGGAGGACGUCGACGAGCCGCCCGUCUUCUCCGUGCCACUCAGCACGAUGGCCGUGUCCGAGGCCGCCAAGGUGGGCACCAUCGUCGGGACGGUCUCAGCCCAUGACCCGGAUUCAUCCAACAGUGCCAUCAGGUAUUCCAUUGACCGCAACACUGACCUGGAGCGUUUCUUCAACAUCGACGCCUUGACUGGGAUUAUCAGCACAGCCAGGCUGCUGGACAGAGAGGUCAACGCCGUUCACAAUCUCACCAUCUUCGCCAUGGAGAGCCAUGAUCCCUCGCAAGUGGGAAAGGGGAUCGUCCUUAUUACUGUAAUGGACAUUAAUGACAAUGCUCCCAUCUUCGCCAUAGACUACGAGACCUUCCUGUGUGAGACGGCCAGGCCUGGACAGGUCAUCCAGACCAUCAGCGCGAUGGACAGAGACGAGCCUCCAGGUGGCCAUCGCUUCUUCUUUGCCCUCAGCCCUGAAGCAGCGAACAACCUCAACUUCACCCUCAGAGACAAUAAAGAUAACACAGCCUCCAUCCUGACGAAGCGCGGAAGCUUCCGGCGCCGAGAGCAGGCCAUCUACUGGCUGCCAGUCCUGAUCGGUGACAGCGGCACCCCGUCGCUUAGCAGCACCAACACGCUGUCGAUCCGCGUGUGUGACUGCGAUCCCGAUGGCGUCGCCCAGGCCUGUGGCGCCGAGGCCUAUACUCUGCCUGCGGGACUCAGCACGGGUGCCCUCGUCGCUAUAUUGGCCUGCGUCCUCACACUCUUGGUGCUCGUGCUGCUCAUCGUGACAAUGCGGCGCAGGAGGAAGGAGCCACUCAUCCUGGACGAGGAGCGCGACGUGCGGGAGAACAUCGUCCGCUACGACGACGAAGGUGGCGGCGAGGAGGAUACCGAGGCCUUCGACAUGGUGGCCCUGCGCAACCUGAACGCCGCCCGCGAGCAUGCCACGCGCCGGGACGUCACCCCCGACGCACCCAUCUUCUUUUCAUCCCGCCCGCCGCCUUAUAAAGCCGUACACGACAACGGAAUAUUCCGGGAGUUUAUAUGGGACCGGCUGAAGGAGGCCGACGUGGACCCCUCGGCGCCCCCUUAUGACUCCCUGCAGACGUAUGCCUUCGAGGGAAGCGGCUCUGUGGCCGAGUCGCUCAGCUCACUGGAGUCCCUGAGCUCCGACUCCGAGCAGAACUACGACUAUCUGAGCGACUGGGGCCCGCGCUUCAAGAAGCUGGCCGAUAUGUAUGGGCACAGCGAGAUGGGCGACAGGUUCUUAUAGCCGAGAAAAAAUGCGUGGAAAAAGUGUGAGGAAAAAAACACACGGCUAAAUGACAUUGGGAACGAGGAAGAGGCAGUACCGUUACUGGUAUGAAUCAGUGGGAAAAUACGUUGCUUUCAAAGGUUUUGUGUGUCGCAUUUCUGAAUAGGAUUAAAGUUUUGGAUUUUUGAUCACGGAGAGCUUAAGUACUGGCUGUGGAGGGGUGCGGCACUGGGGGAAGUGUCUCCUUGCUGCUGGGCCCCUGCCACAUCAGCCUGGCCCUCAGACACUGAGCCCAGCACCUGGGCUCCUGGGGGUGUCCUCAAUACUCAGUCUGAGCUGCUGAGUUGGUGUCUCCUUGAUUGGAUCUCGAUCAGUAUCAGUGUCUAUUGUUUUUUCCUGGAUCUGUUCUGGAAUCCCGCACAGCAUGGAUUGUAAGCUAUAGGGUCCAAUGGGUGACAGACUGUUAUGACAGAAGCAGGCCUUUGGGGGGCGUUUGGUGGACUUUUGAGGAAUCUUCAGAUGGUCCUAAGCUGCGAGACGACGAACAGUGUGGAAACGGCCCAUUUCAUGAGCGUCUCUGCCAGCUUUGCUGCUGGAGAUUGCCUGGCGCCAUGUGAGAUGUGUGUCUUCAUGAACGCUGAGACAGUCCCCCCCCCCCCCAGGC